AUGAACGAAUUUUUGAAAUUUAGCAAGUCAGAAAUUUUAGUUGAAAAGCGCACAAAAGUGCAUAACCAACUAAUUACUACGCCUACUCCUACUACACUCAUUGUUACUACAUCUAUUAAAACCAAUUUUGCAACAACUGCUGAAAUUCUCACCAGAAGAACAAUCACUAUUCAAAAAGCAGAAGAGAAACGAAAUUAUCGCACUUAUCGUACGCAGCAACAAAUUAUACCGUUGAAGAUAUUAGAAUCAGUACUGUUUCCACUAAUUAUUAUCUUCUACAGUUCGACACUAUCAGCAGCUACCAUAAGUCUUCCACCAACUGGGAUAAAUCGUUUUGCUGAACAAGAAAUUCAACUUUUAAGGGAAGCAUUCUUGAGAAAAUUUGGAAUGAAAGAACAACCAAAACAAACGAAGCCAGCAUUACCAGUCCCAUAUUAUGUGUGGAAUAUUUAUGAUAAGGUGAAAAAGGAAGAUAUUGCUUGGGUUCGACAUUACUAUCCACAUAAUAUCAUAGAAUCAGAUAAUAGCACCACGCUACUUCAGUAUGAUUUAUCAGUUUCUGUACGAAAUGUUACCAAUGAGAUAAUUGCUCGAGCAGAAUUGAAACUAAAAUUGAAAAAUGAAAAAAAUCGAAGACAUAUCAAGAUUUAUGAAAUUGAUCAAAAAAAUUCCGAAAUAUGGAGAUUAAUCGAUGCUAAGUUUAUUGAGAAUGAUUCGCGAGAUUAUCAAUGGGUUGAAAUGGAUGUCACCGAGGCAGUACGAAGAAGACGACCAAAUAUGAAUAAGGUCGAUUUUGCAGUGAAGUUAUCGAGUAAUGACUUGGAAACACUUGCUAGAACAUCAUAUCAAUCAACAGCACAUUCCGUCUCAUCGUACAAUAAGAAACAGUUUUCUGCAUUGGUCGUUUAUGUUCAAAUUGAUAACACUGCUAGGGUGCGAAAAAAACGGAAAGCAAAUACACGGCGACGACAUCAACACAAAAAACAUGAUCAUAGAUCAACUGAUAAGAAUUACUGUCGUCGUACACAACUUUUAGUUGAUUUUAAUGAAUUAGAUUGGCAAGAUUGGAUCUUAGCUCCAUCAAGCUAUAGCGCUUAUCAAUGUCAGGGUGAAUGUCCAAAUCCAUUGACCAGUCAUUUCAACACGACGAAUCAUGCCAUAGUACAAGGUCUUAUUAACUCAGUGGAUCCAAGUUUAGUGCCAGCUCCAUGUUGUGUUCCAACUGAAAUGGAAUCUCUAGCAAUCCUUUAUAUCGAUGUUGAAGGUAAAAUUGUCAUCAAGAACUAUCCUGACAUGGAAGUACUCAGUUGUGGAUGUCGCUAG